UGCAUGUGCUGAGCUUUGCAGAGAGAGAGAGAGAGAGAGAGAGAGAAAGCGCUCAGGGCUUCAUCUAGUUUCAGUUUAGUUUAUUCUUACGUUGCUCUUAGUUGAGUUUUUAAUUAAAACAGUCAUAGAGUGCUAAAAACAAAGGAUUUACACAGGCAUAUGCACUGGAAAACACAUUUUGAAAGUGAGACAUUGAGUGUAAAGAAGCAGUGGACACUCAUGAUCAUCUCCUGAGGCACUGACUGCUUCACCAGAAGAGAUGUGAUCGUUGUGUGACACACACACAUAUUGACUUACCCAACACACGCACAAACACACCUGCUCCAUCUUCAGGUGGUGUUCAAGAGGACUGGAUUGCUGAAACCUGUUUUGCGGAAGCCAGGGGACUGCACGCAGCCGGCAGACAUGGACUACCUGUGGGGGAUUGUAACGCUGCUGUGGGCUCUCAGCACGCCGGAGAGAGGAGCCGACGCUCAGGGGAACAAGAACAACGUGCCCCGUCUUAAACUCUCAUAUAAAGAAAUGUUGGAGUCGAACAAUUUGCUGACUUUCAAUGGAUUGGCCAACAGUUCUGCCUAUCACACGAUUUUAUUGGACGAGGAAAGAGGCCGACUCUUUGUGGGGGCAAAAGACCAUGUCUUGUCCUUCGAUUUGAUUGACAUCAACAUGGACCAACAACUGAUAUCCUGGCCUCCUUCAACUUCUCGACGAGAUGAAUGCAAGUGGGCUGGUAAGGACGUCCAGAAGGAAUGUUCAAACUUCAUAAAGGUUCUGCAGUCGUUUAAUCAGACGCACUUGUACGUGUGUGGAACAGGAGCUUUUCAUCCCACCUGUACUUAUGUAGAAGUGGGAAAACGCCCAGAGGACAACAUCUUUCGGCUGUCAUCCUCACAUUUUGAGAACGGCCGGGGAAAAAGCCCCUACGACCCCAAACUGCUGACUGCCUCCCUGCUGAUCGAUGGGGAAUUGUAUGCUGGGACAUCCGCUGACUUCAUGGGGCGGGACUUUGCCAUUUUUAGAACUUUAGGCAAGCACCAUCCAAUCAGAACAGAGCAGCAUGACUCCAGGUGGCUCAACGAUCCUAGAUUUGUCAGCGUGCAUCUCAUUCCAGAAAGCGACAACCCAGAAGACGACAAGAUCUUUCUGUUCUUUAGAGAAAAUGCCAUUGAUGGGGAACAAAUCAGUAAAGCCACACAUGCCAGAAUUGGACAGUUGUGUAAGAAUGACUUUGGAGGCCACAGGAGUUUGGUGAACAAAUGGACCACUUUUCUAAAAGCCCGGUUGAUCUGCUCUGUUCCAGGCCUGAAUGGCAUCGACACACAUUUUGAUGAACUACAGGAUAUUUUUCUUAUGAGCUCUAAGGAUCCUAAGAACCCUAUUAUCUAUGCUGUGUUUACAACAUCCAGUAACAUCUUUAAAGGCUCAGCGGUCUGUAUGUACAGUAUGGCAGAUAUCAGGAGGGUGUUUCUGGGCCCAUAUGCCCACCGAGAUGGACCCAACUAUCAAUGGGUACCGUUUUUGGGUAGAGUACCGUACCCAAGACCUGGCACAUGCCCCAGCAAAACGUUUGACGGCUUUGAAUCGACAAAGGACUUUCCUGAUGAUGUUAUCACAUUUGCCAGGAGCCAUCCGGCCAUGUACAACCCCGUUUUUCCCAUAAACAACCGUCCUAUUAUAAUCAGAACUGAUGUGGAUUAUCAGUUUACUCAGAUUGUGGUGGACAGGGUGGAGGCAGAGGAUGGCCAGUAUGAUGUCAUGUUUAUUGGCACGGACAUGGGAACAGUUCUUAAGGUUGUGUCCAUUCCCAGAGGAACUUGGCAUGACCUUGAAGAAGUCCUGCUUGAGGAGAUGACUGUGUUCAGAGAACCGACGGCCAUCACUGCCAUGGAGCUCUCAACAAAGCAGCAACAGCUCUAUCUCGGAUCCUCCAUCGGGGUAUCCCAGAUGCCCCUGCACCGCUGCGAUGUGUACGGCAAAGCUUGCGCCGAGUGCUGCCUCGCACGUGAUCCGUACUGCGCCUGGGAUGGCUCGCAAUGUUCCAGAUACUUCCCUACCGCUAAGAGGAGAACGAGGCGUCAGGAUAUCAGGAACGGAGACCCUUUGACUCAAUGUUCAGAUCUACAGCAUCACGAGGAGGCAGAUGGUGAUAGAGGUCUGUUGGAUAGGACGGUAUAUGGGGUCGAGAAUAGCAGCUCUUUUCUGGAGUGCAGUCCUAAGUCUCAGCGCGCUCUUAUCUACUGGCUGUUUCAGAGACACGGGGAAGACAGAAAACAAGAGAUAAAGUCAGACGAGCGAGUAUUGGGUACAGAACAAGGUCUGUUGAUCCGAACUCUACACCAAAAGGAUUCAGGUGUCUAUUACUGCCACGCUGUCGAGCACGGCUUCAUCCAGACCCUCCUCCGCCUCACCCUCCAUGUAAUUCCCACCGACCAACUGGAUGACCUACUGCACCGAGACCCUCCAGACAGCAACGAUCCAGCCAACGGCAAGCUGUGGUAUCGUGACUUCCUGUCUCUCCUCAACCCCCCCAGCCCGAACAGCGUCGACCAGCUCUGCGAGCAGGUUUGGAAGAGAGAACGGAAACAGCGUAGGCAGAAAGCCAAUCUCCUGCACGCCAGCCAAUCGCACGCCAGCCAGCUUCUCCAGUCUAGCCAAUCACACGCCAGUAAGUGGAAGCUACUACAGGAAAACAAGAAAGGGCGCAACCGAAGGACCCACGAGAUGCAGCGGGCACCCCGCAGCGUCUGACCACCCGUACGGCAAAUGAAAAUAUAAAACACAAGGACGGGAAAGAGGAACCGAGGGGAUAGACUGCUACUGUUCCACAGACUGAAAUGCCAAAACGGAAGUGUGAUGUCCCACUCCCGUUGCGUGUUUGUGUGUAUGAGAGAGAGGUAUUUACUUUAUAAACCCGAGCACACUUCAUUCGCACCAACAGUUUGUAUUCUGACUCUGAGAGAAAACGAUGGACCUUUAGGUUCAGUUAAAAGAUGGACUACCUGUAAAUAUGACACAUUAUGAAAAUAUACUGUGAAACAGGUUUCAGUCUGUAAAAAAAAGUCUGUUUCAAAUCAUGAGGGACAAAAAUAAACACGGGGAAUACGGAAAGACCACUGCUUAACCUCUGUUUAGCUGAAGCACAACCCCAGUGCAUCCUGGGUAUUGAGCCUGUUAGUUAUAUUAUGUGUAUAGAGUGUGUUGACUUUAACAUAUACUGUAUAUCUUUGUAUCAAAAUGGAAAACUAGGCGCUGCUGUUACGUAUCCAUUUAGUAAGAACGUGAAUUGUUUCUUUCUGCUCCUCUAUUCUGUUCUCCUUUAUCUGUUUUCAUCAUGUUUUCUAUUAUCCGCUCCAAAAACAACGCCUCAGCAAUCCAUUAAUGGAACUGAGUUGUUCCUCUAAAUAAGCUCUUCCAGAAAAGAAAAGAAAAAAAACAAUGCAACAAAAUCGUUUUCCUGCUAUUUUUUUAGAUCAAUAUUUAAUUUUGUACUGUGCCAGAGUAUAUCUAAAAUAUGACAUAAUAGAUUUAUUUUAUUAUAAGUUUUCCUCGUUUUAAACCACUGUGUUGAGGGUACAUAAGCUCUCUUCACUAACUCUUUUCAUCAGUUAAGUUAUUAUUGUUGACAUGAUUAUAUGUUUAUAAAAACCGUGUGUGAAAUACAGUGGCUUUUAUUUAAGGGGUUCCGUCACUAUGUUGCUUUUUGUCACGUUUACAUGUUACAUGUAUUUGGAAAGUACAGCUUCAUUUAGAAUGACCUGUAUAACUACGGAAAUACAGAUUAAAGAGUUAAGAAUUUUAUUGGCGGCAGUAAAGUGUAAUAAUAGGUUUUUAUUCUUUUUGAGAGAUACUGUACAUUUAAAGUUAACAUGAAAUACUGAAACCCAUUUAGCUUCCCUAAUGUAAUGUAUCUUCAAUUGAAACUGGACAUACAACAAGAUUUUAUUUUGUCUUAGGUGAAUUGUUUGGAUUGUGAAUGGUGGGUGGCCAGACCUCAAUAGAGCGAAACCUCAUUGAACGAGUGUAAAGUCCCGUCAUAAAACAACACUGGCGCCUACUGGUUAAAACCUAUGUGAUGUUGGUGAUGUCAGCCACAAAAAAUUAUUUUUAACAUUUUUGCACUGCUGAGUCGCACAAGAAGGCCCGAGACAUAAAAGACGAAAUAAGCUCAUUGUGGUUUCAUGUUGACUUUAAAUUUAAGAGGGAAAGUGAGGACAAUUUUAUUGUAUAGCGUAACAGACUGAGGCUGUCCCUCGAUACAGUUGAGGAGAUGACAGUGUGAGACAAAACUGGUCUGGGAUCAGAAACUGAGAACUUCUGAUUAUGGGCCUCCCAUUGCUUUACUUUUCUCAGUACAUAACAUUACUUUCAUUAAUUUGGCAGAUGCUUUUAUCCAAAGCGACUUACAAGCAGAAGAGCGUAUAAACAGUACGUUUCCUCCUCUUGUUGAGGCCAUACAAGCAUGCUCGCACCUACAGCACACAUAUAUCCGAAUGUGCUGUGAACAUAUAGACUAAGUCCAAAAUAUGCCACUGUGUACAAACUGCAUGUGAAACAACACCAAUCAUUUCUAUAUUUGUUUAGUUGCUGUCUGUUUUUGUCUGGCGAUUUUGAAUUCCAGGUGGUGCUCAAGAAUAUUCUGCUAUCGGUGACAGAUGGUGUUAUUGAACUACAGCUUUCUCCCAAUGGACUCUUUUCACUUUGUAGUAAUAUCUAAGCAUACCAACAAGAAUCCAUUGGUUGGACUGUAAACGAAAGGACUUUCAGUACUUAACUCAACAGUAUGUGGUCGUCGUUCUGUUUGAAAGAGAUAUUAUGAUCUUUUGACAAAAAGGACACCUGCCUUGCUCGGACUUUCACACGGCUUCUUCACUCUUCUGAACUGAUUAAAACAAGGGACGAAGUAAUAGACAUGAUAAUGCUGCUGUAAAUUGUUCGUUUUUGGCAUGCAUUCUGCUGUUCCAAUAAAUGUGUCUUCUAAAGAA